GAUUUUUUAGUCUGGUGGCGUUUUCGUAUCUACCUUGCGUUUCUUAGUUUCUUCUCUUGAAUACAAUAAUUAUUUAUCAAAAUUCUCAAAUAAAUGAUAAGAAAAUGGCAUCUUCUAAUGCGGAGUUGCAAGAAAGGAGUAAACUUUACUACAAGUUUACUAAGGUUUUGACCCUGAAAGUAGCGCAAAUCGUGGUACAGAGCAGACAAGGCAAGAAAAUAACACAUGAAUUUAACUCCAAGCUCCCGGACAACGGCGUAGAGUCCUCGCCGCAAUGGUUCAACUUAUCGAUUCCGGACGAACCGGGAGUAACUGAGGAUACGAAACGUGUGCUGAACGGAGAGGUAGUGGAUGCACUGACUAAAGUUUUAUGUAUCGAGAUAUCUUUGCACACUGUUGAUGGAGAUGACAUGGUGCUGGAGUUGUGGACGGUCAAGUUGUCUCCAGGCAGUGAGGUCUGCUCCCCUUCGACGGUCUACUAUCGCAUGAGCGUGAUGCUCAAGUCCACCCUGACGAUAUCCAGGAUAACACCGGCCUACAAGCUGUCGAGGUCACAGCAUAAUGAGUCUUACAAGAUAUCCCAUAAGAUCUAUGGUGGUGCACCUGAUUACGAUGUCUUAGGUGAGAAACGCAAGACGAUAAAAGUAAGUGAGCUGCACACACCUAUCGGGACUUUGCUGAUAGAAGUGGUGUACAGAACGAAAAUGACGAUCAUGCCUGAAGCGAGGCAGAAGAUUGAGUAUGAGGCUGCACCGGCCACUACUGGGAUUAUGGUCAAGAGUGACCACUUUUACACUGAGAGCCCCAAAAAAAACCGGAAUGAGAAGAAAGAACUGGACCUGUCCAAACCCUUGACGGCAGGAGCAUUUGUUGACCAGUCAAAGAUACAAGAAUUGCAUAGAACACUCAGUGAGCAACUACCUCCAGAGCCACCCAUGGCCUGGCUGCUUGCCGAGAAGGAAAAAAUGGAAAAUAAAAUGAAAACGCUGACGACGUCAGACAAUGACAACGUGCUAACAACGUCUGACCACGAGAACGCGAACCAGCCGAGCUGCAGCAGCAGCGUGCCGGUGCCGAGCUCGUCCACUCACGCCGUCAGCAGGGCCAUCGAAGUACCCAAGUCUAAGAAUGGAGAUAAAUACACGGGACUUAUGGAAUUCCCCUUUGCUGAUGGCAGUCCCAUUGCGGAAUUGGCGAACUUCUAUCAGGAAUGCUUACAGGCAAGGUCUAUCAGUGACGAGUGGACAGACAUCGUGAUCGAUUCGGGCUCGGCGGACUCCGAGUCGCUGUCGAAACAACUCAAGAUGUUCGAAGAUGCCGUCCCUGAGUUUGACAACAUGGUAGCUUCCAUGUUCAGCAACUCUGAAGGCUCAGAUCGCUCCUAAACCCGACUGGAAGUAAGACUGCAUGAUUGUUAUUAGAGUAAGGCCCUAGUGUUGCGCAGUGCGAAUAAAAAUAUUCAAAUAAAUCUGAGAUUUUAAAUUAGUUGCUAUUGAAGUCAGUAGUUGGAUAGGACAACGAAAUCAGCAUUUAUAUCGACAAAACUAAAACGUGUAGUUGUAGGAAGAUUGUAGGUUUUCACGUGUUAACUUUAGAUCGUAAAAUAUAGAUUACAGAUGUUUAUGUGUAAAACUGUAAUAUCGAUGACGGCUGUCAGAUGAUGAAUUUGACAGUCGUCAUUAACGUCAACUAAAAUUUUGCGAACUUUAUUGAAGUUAUUUAAUAUUAGCUGUUUCCCGUUUGCAGCAAGCCAGUGUGUUUGCGAGGAUUUUAUAUAAAAUGUUUAGUAGUAUGUAUAAGCCGUGUAACGGUACCGUUUCUCAUUUCGUGUCCCUUCGCACUGCUUGAAAGUUAAGGGUUUGUAGAUAUUUAUAUUGUAAUGUUAUCGACUAUUGUAUUGCACUGGAUAGUGUGAAGCGCCAUCUCGUCUAACCUGAAUCGAUAGAGUUGUUAUGUACUGUAUAAUAUAAUCUACAUAAAGUCUUUAGUCUAGCAAUACUCAAUAGUUGCAUCUGUUUACAACUAAAAAUGUUAUCAGUAUUUACUUGCCAAUAUGUCCAACAAUACUCUACGAAGUCAUUGUAUUGUAUCGAAAUCAGAAUGUGCAGUAUCUCGCAGAUGCUAUCUUUUUUCUUUGGCUGGGAAAUACAAGGAUAGCACAAUGCGAAGCUCUUACACAUACUUACAGUCUUACUAAUAAAAUUCUCAUCCUGGUACUUAUUUAUUGAACAGGGAGAGAAUAUUCUCUUACACAACACGUUACUAAUACAUAGUGGGUAACACUUGAGUAACUAUUUUCUUACGCUACCGAUCACUUGCAACAUUGACAUAAGCAUUCCAAAAUUGCACAAGAAAACCAUUUUACACAAUGAUCCUGUUUUAGUAAUCAUCGUAAUUGCUCCAGGAUGACGUCACAGUUCCUUAUCUCUGGCUUGCCGUAUUAUGUGGACGAGUCAUAUUAAAAAUGGAGACAUUUUGAAUGCACACAACACAUCCAUUAUAACAAUUGUACACCCGAUAAAUGUCAAAUGUUGUUUAACAGGUUGACUGCCGACAGAAAACUGUUGAAGUCAAAUCCUCCGCUAUUGUGGUCCAUACCUUGUCCCCCAUGGCGUUCAAGGUGUUAAUAGUACUGAAUCUGCUAUACCUCUCUUAUGCGAUACAUCUAUAUGUUUAUUAGUAAGAUUGUUAGUAUAUAAAAACAUCUUUAUUGUUGGACAUCAUACUCAAUCUCAAUUCUAUGGUCAAACAUAGUGCAAAUUAAUUAUCUAAAGUUUACUCUACAAUGCUCAUAUUACUGUGACUGAUGCUUUUUAGGCUAAUGGUAUUUUGUAUCAUAUUUAUUAAACACACAAGUAAGCCACUAUUCUGAUAUUUUCUAAGGAAUGUUUGCGUCGCAGUAUAUAAGGAUAGGAAGGUAUUAGGAAAAAUAGGGGUAAACUCAUGGAGCUGACUUCUUAUCUAGUUGUGGUAACAUCAUCUUUAGCCAGGCUUAUGAUCUGGUCUGCACAUCUAUUAACCUCUGGUAAGUCGGAGCGUACAUCUACGCGAGACAAUGCGUUUUCUAUUGUGUCUUAAAUACCGACAUACAAGAGGUUAAGUUUACACACAUAUGAAUAUUUCUCCAUGAGUUUUCAGCGUAUGAUAAUCGACACUUGCGGCUAUAAAUAUAAAAUAUUUAUAACUUCAAGCAACGUAAGACUGGGAAACUAGACAAGACUUUGAAUGACGUACGACUGACCUGAUAAAGGUAGCCUCUAUUAUAAUAUAUAUUGAUAACGCGCCGCGGGCAACAGAUGGCUUCAGUUGACAUUAAACUACACACUUAUUACAAUUACACAAUACAACUGAGCAAUCGUUCACGAUUACUCAGUGACAUAGAUUAUAAAGCGUUCGUGUUAUAAUCAAAAUUUUAAUAUUGUUUCUUGCUUUACAAUGUAAUAUCAUUUAAGUAAAGUAUCCUAGUAUCUAGUUUCUAGGUAUCAUCAGUUCUAUGUACAAUAAUGUUCAAUGUAAAUAUUUGUGUGAGAGAUAAGAAUAAUUUAUUCGAUGGUAAAGGUCAUUGUAGGCUGUAGACGUCAACAUUGUUACUUGUUGCUUAUAAUAAAAUUGUAGCAUUUUGUGUCAACUACUGUUAAGAUAAAUUUAGUGUAGAUUUUACACGUCGUGUGCAGUCAUCUUAAUCUAUAUUCUCUUGUAUACUAUCCUGUAGCUAGAUAUUUUCCACUCACAUAACAGUUUCGUAAAUAACAGUUCUAAGUUUUCUUACAAAUAACUAAGAUUUAGCUAUACAUAGUAACUAUAAUUAUGCUAGAAUACUAUAUAUAAUACAACCAUAUGGCAUCAACAGCGGCCUUUUGCAACUGUAAAAUAGUGCAGCGUAGUUCAGAUUAUAAAUAAAUAGAUAAAAUCAUAUGUAAGUGGAGUGCCUUCGGAGCAACGACUAAGAUCUAAAGUCAUUAACGUGCCAACCCUAAUUUUUGACACCAUCACCUUUCUGGUGUAUGACAACUUAUUGGAUUGCAGUCGAAAUCAAUAUCC